AUGUGUUCCAGUGUUGCUAAGCUGCAACUCUAUCGACCCCUGUCUGACAGUCCGCGAUGUGUUCAUCAUCACCAUCAUCAUCAUCAGCGGCGCACAGAUUUACCGCAGGCCGGCGCUGAGAUGCUGAAGGCGGGGGAGCAGGUCACGCAGGAGUCGGUGUUGGACUUUCUGCUGGAGAGCGGCGGACGAGUGAAAAACAGGGAGCUCGUGGCGCAUUUUAAACUCAUCCUGAGCGGAGAAAACACGAACAGAGCCGCGCUGAAGGAGAAAUUCAAGCGCUUCGUGGACAACAUCGCGUAUGUGAAGCAGGAGAACGGAGAGAAGGUGGUGUGUUUGAAGAAGAAGUACCGAUUCCCGGAGGCGCGCAGCGGAGAUGAUGAAGAAGAUGAUGAUGAUGAUAAAGAGGAAGAUGGAGAUAAAGAUGAUGGACAAAUGAUGUGCAAAGAUAAAGAGGAGAUUAACAGAGCAGUCAGCGACCUCCAGCUCGAGGAGAAGCAGUGUGAUGGGGAGUGUGCAGGGAUGGAGCUGGAGCAUGCAGAGGUGUGUGUGUCUGAUAUUUCCCUCAUCGAGACGGAUUCUCCUGCGGACUCCAGACCGGCGCAGCUCCUCGUCAGCCGGCGCAGGACCUCCAGAGGCUCUCAGCGGGGUCUGCUGGCCUCAGAGGAGGAUGGAGGAGCACUGGAUGGGCAGCUGGAGGACGGCAGCACCCCGAGGGGCAGCCGCAAGAACUUCAUCGAACUCAUGAUGAGCAGUUCCCCACAGGUGAGGCGUUCUCUGGUGCACCGCAGCUCUCUGUCCAUCAGGAGCUCUUCAGUGGACGAGGACUGCACGUCAGUAACGCUGGACCCACUGGAGCACCAGUGGAUGCUAAUCACAGCAGACGGUGACUGGGAGAGCCUGCGCCGCUUGCUUAUGUGCGACCCCACGCUAAUCUCCAAGCGGGACUUCGUGACCGGCUUCACCUGCCUGCACUGGGCUGCCAAACAAGGCAAACACGAGCUCUUAGCAAUGAUACUCAAAUUCGCCAAACAGAACAAUAUAGCGGUGAACAUAAACUCACGCUCCAGCGCGGGCUACACGCCGCUACACCUAGCAGCAAUGCACGGCCACAGCGAGGUCAUGAAGCUGCUGGUGGGAGCGUUCGAUGCGGAUGUAGAUCUGCGGGAUUACAGCGGGAAGAAGCCGGCGCAGUAUCUGUGCACCAGCACCUCCGCAGACCUCAGGGAUAUAAUCGGAGCCUGCGGGAGCGAAAACGCGGAGAACGAACCCGCCGGCGGCCGCUGGAAGCUACCCAGAGUGCUGAAGAUGCUAAACCACACAGAGGACAUCGACAGCAAACCCAGAGCUCUGUGUCGCAAAUCCUCCAUCACCCGGAUACGACUGCAGAGGAACCGAUUCAAGACGCAGAUCGUCCACAGCACGUCUUUCAGAGAGAGUGAAGAAGGAGACGAGAGUCUGAAGAGCCCUGUGAAAUCAAGACCGCUAUCAAACCUGUUCGGCUGAUGCUCUAACUGCAGUUUAAAGAGGGUUUACCUUAAAUCCUGCCAUCAGUAUCUGUGUUUCCAUUCAAAUGAGUGGAUUUGAUUUAUGCACAAACUGGAAUAGCACUUAAAACAAAGCAGC